AUGUUCUUCCUUCUGGCUGUCGUUAUUUCGCUGGCAGCUAUCUUGCCUCCCGUGCUUGGCACACGAGGCGCGACUUGCAACGCGACUACACCUUGCUCGUCCGAUUACCCUUGUUGCAGUGAAUACGGAUUCUGCGGCAAUGGCUACUAUUGUCUAGGCGGUUGCGAUCCUAUCAGCUCACAUAGCCUUAACUCUUGCAAGCCUAACCCCAUCUGCCACUCAGCCAACUAUACCCUUUCCGAUACCUCCCGUAUCCUCAGUAAUUAUACCUAUUUCAACGAUUGGGUGGUGCAACAGGGUUCCAUCUUCAACGCCACUUCGGAUGGAGAACCUGCCAUUGCUCUCACUCUCACGGAAAACAACGGUGGCACCUUGCUGUCCUCCACCCGUUACGUUCACUAUGGUCGUAUCACCGCCAGGUUGAAGACCGGUCGCUGGGCAGGAGUGGUUACUGCCUUCAUUACCAUGAGUAGCUUAAAAGAUGAGAUUGACUGGGAAUUUCCCGGAAAUGCAACCACCGAAGGUCAAACGAAUUACUUCUGGCAGGGCGUUAUCCCACAAACGACCAAUGGUGUUACGGAGACGGGCUUGAGUGACACGUAUUCCAAUUGGCAUGACUUCACGGUCGGCAUUUACUUACGCGUUUCAUUGACUGGCAACCUUGAUACCUUGACUUUCCUUGUUGAUGGAAACGUCACGCGUACAGUCAAAGCAUCUGACUGCGUCAACAAUGCAACCGGAGUCACUGAAUACCCUAAUACACCCAGCCGCAUCCAACUCAGCCUGUGGCCGGCUGGCAUCUCGACCGAACCACAAGGCACGAUCCAGUGGGCCGGAGGUAUGAUCAACUGGAAUGACCCGGACUACGUCUCAGCUGUCCAAUGCAAUGACACUACUCCGAUGAACUCGAGCGUUACAUCGUAUGUGUAUGGUCCAAACGUUACCCUCGAUACCCCAGUCCAUCGCAUAUUCCAACGCGACUACGCUUAUCAACAACGCCGGUAG